UUGUCUCAGGCAUCACACUGGGCCGGCUCAAAAACACACUUCCUGAUUGUUCUCGUAUAUAUAAAUUUGUUACAGUUCCUUCUGUCAGGGAGUUCGAGGUGGUGGUGUGCUGUGAAGAUAAUAAAAUGGACCAUGUCUAUGGAAAUUAUGAUUUGGAGCUCUCCUCAACUGAUGGAAAAAACAGAGGUCCCAGUUCACCCGUUACAGACAUAUCUGGACGGAAAAGACGCUCAUUCAGAGAGAGGGAUUCUCAUCUUUCUCCAAAAACCCUGAAGGUUCUUUUGGUUGUUCUCGGCUUCCUCCUGCUCUGUGCUUUGGUGGCACUCUGUGGUCUGGGGGUCCUGUAUUUCAAUAAAGGAGUCUCAUCUGAAUUAUGUGUCGGUGCUCAACAAAGAAUCUCAGUUCAGCUACACAAUGCUACAGAUGCAGCUAAAGAGUUAAAAUCACAUUUGGAUCAGGUUCAGGUGAACUAUGAGAAUGCUUUAAGACGUAUUGCUUCCCUCAAUGAAACAGAAAGACAGUGUGAAGCUCUUAAGGUCAAGUAUCGCCAAGUUCAUGAAGUCUUCUCUACCUGCAGUGAUUAUAAGAAUUGUAACCAGUGUGGAGAUGGCUGGAAGCGCUUGGGUGUAAAGUGUUACUUCUCCUCCACUGAUUUCCUGAACUGGGCGAACAGUAGAGAUCGCUGUGUUAAGAGCGGAGGACAUCUGGUUAUAAUAACCAGCCAAGCUGAGCAGACUUUUCUGUCCACAUUUCUUGGGGGCGUUGGACGACUUCACUGGAUCGGGCUGAAUGAUUUGGAGACUGAGGGAAAGUGGAUGUGGGUAAACAACCAGCCCCUGACUGAGACAGGAGUAACAUUCUGGCAUAAGAGGAAGGGGAAACCAGAUGAGCCUGAUAACUGGAAAACAGAAGACCCGUCAGGAGAGAACUGUGCUAUAGUGCAGGAUUUAGGUCCUGGUGAUGGUACAGUAUGGGCUGAUGUGCCCUGCAGUACAACGACAAAAUACAUAUGUGAAAAGUAAAAUACAUAUUGUGUGUUAUCCAGGUAUUCCCACUUUUUAUCAGUAUUGGACCUGAUCAUAUUUUCUAAAUGCGUGUGUGAAAAAAAUAAAAUAAAAUAAUAAUAAUAAUAAAAAUUAAGUCUGGCAGAAAUCUAUGUACAAGUAUCCAUGUUUGUGCUUACAUGCCUCUAAGUCCCAAGAAAGAUAUAAAAAAGCAUUUAAUUAUUUUUUUUUAUUAAUUCUGUCACAUUGCAUCUUUUGGAAAAACACCCAGCUCAGAGUUUAUUUAAAUUCAAAUAACUUUAUCAUUA